AUGGAUAUUGUAGUUGCUUGUUCUGGUUUAAAUACGAUUGAUGUCAUGUUAGGCUUUGGAAAUGGAAGUUUCACAAUACCAUACAAAUAUUCAACUAAUAAUAAUUCAUUUCCAUUAUCGAUAGUAAUUGGUGACUUUGAUAAUGAUAAUCAUCUUGAUAUUGCUGUAGCAAACUAUCAGAAUGAAAGUGUGGGUAUAUUUUUUGGAUAUGGAAAUGGAAUUUUUACAGAUCAAAUGAUAUUCUUCAGUAUUGAUUACAAUUUUAAUCCAUAUGCCAUUGCUGCUGGUGAUUUCAAUGGUGACAAUCGAUUAGAUAUUGCUGUGGUCAAUUAUGAUUACAAUUAUGUUGAUAUCGUUCUGACAUAUCGAAAUUAUACGUUCUUAAGUCAAAAUACAUAUUCAACAGGCAUUCAAAGUAGUCCAGUUUCGGUCGCUUUUGCUGACUUUAAUAAUGAUAAGCAACUGGAUAUUGUCGUCGCUAAUUAUGGAACAAACAAUAUUGGUAUAUUUCUAAGCUAUGGUAAUGGUACUUUCUCAACUCAAAUAGCUUAUUCAACUGGAGACAAUUCUCAACCAUAUGCAGUUACUAUUGGUGAUUUUAAUAAUGAUAGACAACUAGAUAUUGUCGUUGCUAAUUAUGGAACAAAUAAUAUUGGUAUAUUUCUUGGGUAUAGUAAUGGUACUUUCUCAAGUCAAACAAUCUAUUCGACUGGCAAUGGCUCUAGGCCACGUGAUGUUGCUGCUGGUGAUUUUGAUAAUGACGGACAACUGGAUAUUGCCGUUGCCAACUUUUAUGGUUGGAAUAUAGGUAUAUUUCUGGGAUAUGGCAAUGGGACUUUUUCCAGCCAACAAACCUAUCCAACUGGGAACUCAUCUAACGCCCAAUCUAUUGCUAUUGGUGAUUUUAAUAAUGACAGUCGAUUAGAUAUAGCCGUCGCUAAUUUUUAUGGUGACAGUAUGGGCGUAUUUCUUGGAUAUGGCAACGGUACUUUUGCGGAUCAAGUCUCUUAUUCGGUUCCACUUAGUACUCACCCAUAUGAUAUUGUUAUCGGUGAUGUGAAUAAUGAUGAUCAUCAAGAUAUAAUAGUUACUGUCGAUUACAGUCAAAGUAUUCUUAUUUUCUUUGGAUACGGUAAUGGAACAUUUGUCGAAGGAAAUACUUAUUCUACUGGUAGUGGUUCUUACCCAUACUCAAUUGCUGUUGGUGACGUAAACAAUGACAAUCAACUAGACAUCAUCGUAACUAAUUGUGGCACUAACAAUGUGGUUGUAUUUAUUGGGGAAGGUGAUGGAACGUUUCCUAAUCAAAGAACUUAUUCAACUGGUAACAAUUCUAGUCCAACUUGGAUCGUUCUUGGUGACAUUAAUAAUGAUAACAUUCUUGAUAUGGUCGUCGCCGAUAAUGGCACGAAUAUGAUAGGUACUUUUCUCGGAUCUACUUAUAUGAAUGGUAUACUUGAAGAUACAUAUUCAACUGGAUCUUCUCCACAUCCACAUGGUUUAGCUCUUGGUGAUUUCAAUCAUGAUGGUCAAUUAGAUAUCGUCAUAGCAAAUUAUGGUUUAAAUAAUGUAGGAGUGCUAUCGGGAAAUGUCAAUGAAACAUUUCCAUUACAAACAGUAUUUUCCACUGGUACCUUAUCUUUUCCAACUUCAGUUGCUGUUAAUGAUCUAAAUAAUGAUAAUGAACUAGAUAUUAUUGUAGCGAAUUCUGCAACUGAAAAUGUAGGUAUUCUUUAUGGAUAUGGAAAUGGUAGUUUUGCAAAUUUAACUAUGUAUUCAACUGGAGUUGGUUCAAUUCCACAAGCAGUAACUACUGGUGAUUUCAACAAUGAUAAGAAACUUGAUAUUGCUGUUAUUGAUUCUGGCACUGAUAGGGUAUUAACACUUAUCAAAUACGAUGCUGGAAGUUUUCGAAAUCAAAUAACAUUUUCCACAGGUACAAAUUCUGCUCCGGCCGCAGUAGCUGUUGCUGAUUUAAACAAUGAUGGAUGGUUAGAUUUCGUGUCAGCCAAUUCAGACAGUGGAAAUGUGGGUGUUUUUCUGGGACUAAGCAAUGGUACUUUUUCCAAUCAAACGACAUAUUCGACUGGGUUCGAGUCGUUGCCAAUUGCGAUUACUAUUGUUGAUUUGAACAAUGACAGUUAUUUGGAUAUGGUUGUCGCCAAUGUAUAUACUGACAAUAUAGGUAUUUUUCUUGGAUAUGGUAAUGGUGUAUUCACAAAUCAAACAACAUUUUAUACUGGUCAUAAGUCCGGCCCAUGUGGAGUCAUCGUUGCAGAUUUCAACAAUGAUAGUCAAUUAGAUAUUGCCGUCUCUCUCGAAUUCUCUGGUCAAAUGGGUGUUUUAUUAGGAUACGGGAAUGGUUCUUUCUCUGAUGUAGACACCUACUGGAUUGACAGUGAAGCUUCUCCAGUAUCAGUCGCUACUAGUGAUUUUAACAACGACAAUCGAUUAGAUAUUGUCGUGUCCAAUAAUGGUCUUGGCAGUAUAAGUAUUUUUUAUGGCAUUGGUGAUGGCACUUUUUCCAAUCUGACUAAUUAUACAACUGGCAGUGGUUCACAACCAUAUUGCAUCGUCGUUAGUGAUUUUAACAACGAUGCUAUAUUAGAUAUUGCAGUUGCCAAUUCCGGCACUGACAAUAUCGGUGUGUUUUUUGGAAAUGUCAAUCAUAGUUUUCAUGAUCAAAUAACUUUUUCAACUGGUAUUGGCUCUGAUCCGGAUGUAUUAGUCGUUGAGGACUUUAAUAAUGACAAUCAACUGGAUAUAGCCUUUGCCAAUUAUGGUACCAAUUCUAUAGGUGUUCUUCUUGGAUGUAUUAAUGGUACUUUUUUUGAUCCAUUGACCUAUUCGACUGGUGAUAAUUCUCAGCCAUAUUUUCUCGCUGUUGGUGAUUUUAAUAAAGACGAACGUCUCGAUGUUGUCACCGCCAAUUUUGGUACGAAUAAUAUAGGUAUGUUCUUUGGAUAUGUUAACGAAGAUUUUCUAAAUGCACCAGCUUAUUCGACUGGAUCCUCUUCUCAAGUGACUUCCAUAGCUGUUGGAGAUUUUAAUAAUGAUACUCGAUUAGAUGUUGUCAUCACCAAUAAUGCUACAAACAAUGUUAAAGUUAUAUUUGGAUCAGGUUAUGGUACUUUUCUCUAUGAUAUAACAUAUUCAACUGGUGAUGCUUCUCAACCAUGUUCCGUUAGUGUUGCUGAUUUAAAUAAUGACCAUCAAUUAGAUUUUGUCGUUGCAAAUUCUGGUAUUAAUACCAUUAGUAUUUUUCUUAACAAUGGUAGUGGUACGUUUUCAAAUCAAAUAACUUAUUCUACUGGUGUUCGUUCUCAACCAUAUUCAGUUGUUAUUCUUGAUUUUAAUAAUGAUACUCAAUUAGAUAUUGCUGUUGCUAGUUAUGGGAGUAGUAAUAUCGGUGUAUAUUUUGGUUAUGGCAAUGGAAGUUUUAUGAAUCAACAGAUAUUCUCUAGUGGUUUUAAUUCACAUCCAUUUGCACUUGCUGUUGGUGAUAUAGACAAUAAUAAUUUAACUGAUAUAAUUGCAACUAAUAAUGGAUAUGGUAAUAUUGAUAUUCUUAUGAAAACUUGCUAA